AUGAGCUUGUGGAGAGCACACAGCACUCCAUUCUCCCCAACAGCCAGGAUCUUUUUCUCAGCCUGAAUGAAGUAACCUCCCAAGGCAGUAUCCCAGACCAUGAAGCCAUGGAAGGGACCUCUGCUGCAAAUUUUUCAAGCCUCCUUCCUCCAUCCCGAAGGCUAUCUCAGAUAAGGCGGCGAAAAAAACGGGCGCGAGACAAAAUGUUCUCUGAAAUCUUGGAAUCGACCCGCAAUGAAAGAGCUCAUCUGAAUGAGUGGAAGGACAUGAUAUCACAGUACAGGAAAGAUGCCAGUGAACGUGAGGACAGGAGGGACCAAUGUGAGGACAGAAGGGACCAACGUGAGGAGAGGAGAGAUGCUCGAGAUGAGAGGUGGCAACAGGAAGAUCAGAGGAGGCAGGAUGCAACACUGGGGCUGCUGCGUGAUCAAACUGACAUGUUCUGGCGUCUGGUGGAGCUUCAGGAACGGCAGCAGGAUCACAGAGUGCCGCUGCAGCCCCUGUAUAACUGCCCUCCCCCCUCACCAUAUUCCAUAGCCGCCUCACCCAGAUGUGGCACAACGUGGUCGGCUCUUGCACCGUCUGUGCUGCUCAGCGUGCCCUCAUCUAAAGAGGAGACGAGAGAAGCUGGAGUGCACUGUAGUCUGCCGGGCAUUGGGAGCAGAGCACGGCUGCUCGGUUAUGGGCUGGGGAAAGCCCGUGCAAGGAAGGCAGCCCCGGGUGUACUGAUGUCAGCAUCUGGGACUGGAGCAUCUCCUGCCGUCUAG